AUGGUGUACCCGCAGCUUGAUGCAGAAAUGGCCGCGUUGGCGCGCGCGGCGGCGCCGUGUCCGCGGCUCUUUCUACGCUCCACGACCACGUCGUCCUCGAAGACGGCCUCUUCAACUACGACGCCGCCACCGCGCCGAAGCCGCCUCGGCCCAGUAGACGUCCGUCGCUGUCACCACGUCUCUUCCACCGGCUGCGGACAGGCCAGCACAUGGCCUCUGCCGCCGCAGCAGCAGCAGCGCCGGUCGUUUUGCUGCACGUUGAGCACACGGCAUGACCUCACCAAGCGGAACCACUACGACCGUCUACAAGUAUCCCCAGCCGCCACCCCCAACGACAUUAAAAAAUCCUUUUACCGACUCAGCAAAGCGCACCACCCCGACGCCAACCGGCACGAUCCCAGCGCGGCACACACCUUCUCCCUGCUCUCCGAGUCCUACACGCUGCUCUCGGACCCCGCGCGGCGCGCGCUCUACGACCGGGACGUCAUGGCGCGGCGGCUCCCGGCCGCAUCCGCGCCUCCGCACGGCUCCUACCACUCCGCGACGUACCACCACCACGCGGGCGGCCGCCCCGCGUCGGGCCUGUCCCGGCGUCGGGGCACUUUUCGCGGGCCGCCGCCGUCGUUUUACCGCAACGGGGGCUGGGGCGCGCACGCGGAUAAGCGACGGCAGGCGGCGGACGCUGCCUCGUCCGCCUCGGCGCCGCACUACACAAACUACGAAGGCGGUGGGGGCACUACCGCUGCUGGGGGGCACGACCCGUUUACUGCGCAGCAGGCGCCGGGCGGGCACUUCCACAGGGACGCGGACGACGUGCCGCCGCAUUUUGACAAGGACGCCCACCGGCGCACGCACGAGAAGGAGGAUCGCCGCAGGUGGGCUAGGCGCCGGCGCGCGCUCGACGAGGAGGGCGUCGAGUUUGAGCCCCAGGCCAGCUUGGGAGCGCACUUUGCGAUUGUGCUCGGCAUUUUGGGCGCGACGGUCAUGGUCCCCGUGUGGUACUGGAAUACGGUGAGCGGGAGGAAGAAGAAGGACUAUUAG